CGGAUUUCCGACAGCCUAAAGCAGAUGAAGCCGGAGGCUUAUGCCCCUCAAUUUGUAGGCCUCGGCCCAUACCAUCAUUUCCGUCCUGAAGUUCAGAACAUGACAAUCUUCAAGAAUGAUCUGGUCAGAACGUCCUUUUAUCUCUUCGACAAGGAACGUUUCAAACCUUUCUCCCGUUGCCUGAAAGAAAGUUCGUCGGAUUUGGCAAACACAUUCCGUUCUUGGUACGACGAGCAGCUUCUUCUCCACCUGUCUCCGAUGAUGUUGUCCUGGAUCGCGGUGUUGGAUGUGGUGUUCUUGUGGAGUUUCAUCCGUGAAUAUUAUCGAAAACAGAACUCUAAAGAUUCGUCUUGGCAUGGGUUGUUGGCCGAAUUUGAAUUGGAUCCUGAGAAAUUGGUUCCUGAUUUGUUCAUGCUGGAGAAUCAAAUCCCGACUGAACUUAUUGGCCGCACGCUACAGAGCAGUGUUCUAACUAUGUCCAGUGAGAAUGAUGAUCUCCGUUCAGAUGAUGUGAAAGCAAUGGCCAUGUUCUUGUUCUUCUGUUUGGAGAAUUCUCCUAUUGUUGUUUUACUGCGUUUUCCAGACAAAGACCAUCUUGAGGAUAUUGUUGGGGAGCUGAUGCCACCGAUAUCUAAGCACAUCCUUGAUAUCAUGUGCCAGAUAAUUUUAAAAGAUCACGAUAUCACAGAGAAGGCAGAGAAGCCUAAUCGAAUUGAUGGAUGACCCCAUUGAGGGAUUUCGUUAAGAAAAUGUGUGGGCUCAUAAAGUCGAAGAAAGAUGUGGCCUUGUUGAGGGAGAAAUCGAUCAUAAUAGUGGAAAAAGAUAUGCCCGAUAUGGAGGAUGAUGAUAUU